CGCACCGCCCUCGAGCGCCACACAUCUCCGUUCCCUCGCAGCCACAGCCAGUCAACCACGGCCCGCGCCUUCUUCCCCCGUCCAUCCAUAGGUAGAUCCCCCGCCACGCCGCCGCCGCCGCCCCCACCCACCUGCAGCCACGGCGCGGGCCUCCCGGUCGCCAUGAGCAGCCGCGCCGGAGACGUCGCCGGCCACGCCCUCCCCACCUCCCCCGCCACCAAACCCGGCCCGGAGGCGCCGUCCCCGAUGAACGGUGGCGACUUCCCGGCCGACCUGCUGCGGGCGGUCCUGCACCGGCUCCCGCCCGCGGACGUCGCGCGGGCGGCCUGCGUCUGCCGCCUCUGGCGCGCCGUCGCCUCCGACCGCGCCGUGCUGGAGGCCGCCUUCCGCGCGCCCUGGGGCGUGCGCCGCGUCCUCGGCGACCCGGCCACCAGGGCCUUCUGGCGCGCCGCCUCCCUCGCCCGCUUCGCGCUCUCGCACACCGUCCGUCGCGGGGACACCGUCCCCGGCGUCGCGCUCAAGUACUCCGUCCAGGUGACCGAUAUCAAACGGUUCAACAACAUGAUGAGUGACCACGGUAUCUACUCGAGGGAGAGGCUUCUAAUACCAAUCAGUGAUCCAGAAAUCCUUCUGGGGAGCACAUGCUACAUUGAGAUGGAUCACAACUCAAAGAGAGAGGUCGCGGUCUUUUAUCCCGAGGGCCACCCGAAUAGAAACGCAGAAUCCGUGGCAAACGCUGCAGCUGCAAAAAGGCAAAGCAAACGGAUUCUCGAGUCGGUGAGGCGAAGCUUGCAUGUGGAUGACGGAACUGCCGAGUACUACCUGUCCGUCACAGGUGGCGAUCCGAGAGCUGCUAUGAUGGAGUUCUCGGAGGACCUUAGGUGGGAGCAGCGACAAGCGGGCCAUUAGAUGCAGGCCAGUGGGAAGUAUAUACAAGGGUAUUGGUGUAUAGGUGAGUAUACAUAUCAUUUGAUGAUCUCUACGUACUUGUCUGCUUGAACCAUUACUGGGUUGCCCCUCUCCCAUGUGUAAUAUAGUAAUGUGGAACUGUGGACCUGUGUAAGGUGAACUUGAAAGAUGAUAAUUGUAGCAAGUACUGUAUAGCAUUUGCACUUGAAAAGGAACAUUCAUCAGCUCGAA